UGGCUGUCCUAGUCGCCAUGUGUUCGCUUGAAAUUCGACUGCCAGCACUUUAUCGCUGAACAGCGUCAUAACCAUGGAUCGCAUUCUAGGUCGCACCGUCGCACACCUAUUCUUGUUAGCCUCAAACCACACCUCCAACCGCGACGCGAGGCGCAAAUCGAACCGAGCUUCUCCCAUACGAAGUGAUACGGAUUCAUGGAGUAUGGAGUAUGGACACACGCACCGCCCCGCCGGGCAGCAGACAUCCUCGCCAAAUCCAUCCAUCUUGACACACAUCGGCCCUUUCCAGAGGUUCGUUGCUUGUGGUUACUCCGUACUUCCAGCCAAGCGAAACGACCUACCUGCGCCAAUCAAGGGCCCGCCGAUCAGGUUGCGGUGCUGGAUACACCUUCCACGAUAGGCACUCGAUCAUGCACCCCGGCGCUGUCCCGCCUGAUGCUCAUGAUCCGCACCUUUAACGAGGCACAACUUGUAUAUCCUCGACAAUCGGGCAACCAAGUUCUCUCAGGGCUGUCUAUCUCAGGGGCCGCUUCAAAGUUCAGCCCAAUUCCCAGGCUCCUGGGGCACUCGCUGCCCAGCAAAGCCGCAAGCGCGCCGUUGCGAAAAGUGUCCCAACGCACGGGUCACCGGGGGUCGUAUGUAGUCUUCCGUCGCCGGCCGGUUUGUCCUUGCAAAACGCUCAUUAACACAGCAAGCCUCACCUUGGCUUCUCGACCGGGUCAUGCUAUGAUCCUGCUGCCUGGUUUGCUUCCUCUCAUCUCCCGGACAAGCCGCAGAUGUCAAGCGGCAUCCGGAAGCAUCCACGCGUCGAAGCGGGCGUUCUCGCGCAAAAAAGUCCCGUUGCAGCCUGCCUCACCGAUAUCCAACUCCCAAGACCGCGAAGCUACACUACAAACUUUCUUGAUUGAUAAGGCCGCGGUAUGAUCUCAUUUUCCAACAUGCCAGGUAAUAAGCUAUCAGUUAUUGGCCACCUAAGCCCGGCAAAGAGGCAGCGGUGUGUCCAGCGCCGGGGUAAAGGGAAACCCCUAUCGGUCGGUCCAUUCACCAUCCUAAUUCUCAGACAUGGCCAUGCGACUGAGCACACCCGGCGGAACGGUUCCCCGUAUUCACCAUCCCAGUGACAUCAGCCGUGAAGUGGUCUUCUUUCGUUCGGGAUGUUGUCAAUCUGCGUC